AGUGGCGUAGCCUGCUGAUAUCGAUAUCUAAUCACAAAACACAAUAAAAUAAAAACAAAAUCGCUUAACAACUUUUAAAGAAAGGAAAGUAAGGAAGGAAUGCGCACCUAACUUGAGGGAAAAACACAAACAUUUAAUUGCGGAAAAGAGUGCGCUGCGGGCAGAACACCAAUUGCGUGGCGUGGUUACACGAGUGCGAGCGAGAGGGCCGAUGCGGCAGGGGCGAAUCCAAUCUUAAAUUUUUGCAAGUAAAAAACCCUUCUUGGAGGACACCGCGUGCUUCGUGGGGCAAGGACAACGAUGGCCAGCGAGCCGGAGAACAAGCCGCCCAUCCUGCACAUCCUGGUGGUGGGCUUCCACCACAAGCUGGGCUGCCAGGUGGAGUUCUCGCAUCCGCCACUCAUCUCGGGCUCCACUGGACGCCACGAGUGCCCAUCCGGCUGGAAGUACCUGCCCACCCUGGCCCUGCCGGAUGGCUCGCACAACUUCGCCGAGGACACGGUGUUCUUCAACCUGCCCAGUUUGUAUGAGCCGGCUGCAAGUAUCUACGGAGUGUCCUGCUAUCGACAAAUACGCGUGGAGAAGCUGAAGAUCCGGACGGCGGACCUCACACGCAGCACGGUCCAGAAGUCCGUCUGCAUCCUGGCACGCCUGCCCAUCUACGGGUACAUCGAAGUCAAGCUAGCCCUGAUAGCCGACGCCUUUUUCGAUCAGGGCGACUUCUCCGGGACAGAACUGCUGGUCAAGGCGUAUCAGCAGCUUAACGCCUGCCUCCAGGACGACGAGUCCCGCCGCCCGUUGCGUCACUUCCAUGUGGGCCUGUCCCUGCGGGAGAUUGUGCUCCACUGGCGCCACAAGACGCUUAUGCUCUUCAAGCUCCUGCUCCUGCAGCGACGAGUGGUGUGCUUCGGCUCACCCGUGCGCCAAAUGUGCGUCCUGAUCCUGGGAAUGGCAUCGCUGGUGCCGCGGCUGCUGGAGAAGGGCUUUCAGGAGGUGGCCUGUGUGCGAACCUCGCGACCCCUGUCGCCCAUGCCGGAUUUCACCGACUCCUUACAGCGGGAGGCUCAGGCGGAGGCCGAGGCGGAACUGGAGGCAGUGGCUUCUGGCGGCGCGGUUCCCGAGGAGCAGAAACUCACGCCGGAAAGCGCAACUGCGGUGGAGGGCGAGGCCGACGAUUUGGCCCUCGUCUCAUCCGCAGCCUCUGUGGGCGAGGAGCAGGCCAGCGGCGAUGACACCUCGCCGCGCUCCACACCCAACUCCCAAUCGCAGGACUCGUCCAACGGAAGGCACAGCUCGCUGACCAGAGAGGCCAGCGUGGACACCUUAGCGUCCAACCUCGCCGCCUUGUGCGCCGUGAAUCCGGAUGAGUAUCGGGCACCUGUCAGCAUCUUCGCCAGCGGCAAUCUCUGCUUGCCAUAUCUGUCGCUGCCGUACAUGGACUUGCUUAGCGACCCCAUGGUGCUCUCCUAUGUCAUCGGCACCUCCAACGUACUGUUCCAGCAGAAACGUCAGCUGGCUGACGUCCUGGUGGACAUCGAGGCGGCCAAUCUGGAUGCCCACGAUCCGGAGCUGAGGCGCCAGCUGAUACUGAGCACAGAGGACCUGCGCUACAUGGACUACAUCAUGAAGCAUGUGCAAUCGCCCAAGGAGGAUGCCGAGGGCAGCGAGUACUGGAUCCGGGAGCAGUUCCAGGGCUACAUCCUAGCCCUCUUGCGAACCGCGGUGGCUCCAGAUGCCACGGCCAAGGAAAACGAUCAUUUCAAUGCGCAUUUCAUGGGCGCCUUCAAGCGCACCCAAUGCUUCCAGGAAUGGUACGAUGUGAGGCCUGAACCAGAGUUCUUUGAUGGCCUGCCGCCUGGCCAUCCCUUUGCCGGCACUUUGUCUGUGGCGGACAUGAAAUUAAAACUAGCACAAACCAUGCAGAACAGUGAGAGCGGGCGCAAGAUCAACCAGGCGGUGAACACGACGAGUCGGGCGGUGGGCGGUGCCAUCUCGCAGGCUAAGGGCGCAUUCUCCAGCUGGUGGUCAUCCAUCACGACGGCACCACCGAAUGCAAGUGCUGCGCCCACGACCAGCGGCAACAGGCAGGAGGGCGAAGCAAGCGAAGGCGCUGCAGUCCAAGAGAUCUCAGUUACAUUCCAGAACCACAAGGACGUCGAGGACCUCGACGUGGCGGGGGUCAGCAUCCACCUGGCCGGACAGGAAGAGGCACACGAGUCGCAUGAGUCUCACAAUGCGAGCUGCGAGCAACCGCAGGGCAUUGUUGAGAUCGGACGCGAGGCGGAGCUGUUGGACAAAACCGCUCAGCCGGAGGAACCCAUGAUCUCGGCCGCCACACAGGCUAGUCGGCCAGGAUGUGGCGGCGACGUGGCUACCUCCGCCGUGGAGCGUAGCAGUGGUGACGUCUUCAUCGUCUGAGGACGUCGGCACCAUCGAGCAUUGUAUAAAAUCGAACUAAGCUAAAUGAUAAUUAUUUAUUACGCAACACAUUGUCUCAGUCUCAACGUUGAAUUUACAUGUUCUUGUAUUCUUCUUUUUGUAUACCUACUACAUUCUAGAGUAUAUUGACUUGUGGUACAAAAAGACGUAGAGAUUAUAAUCUUUGGACAAUUAACGCCACCUCAAUCAUCAUUCGUAAUAAAAAAAAAAUACAAUAAUUGAAAGGAUAAAAAAUUAAAAAUCUAAUUGUUCAAAAUCGGUAAAAAAUUCAAAUUUAAAAAACUCCAGUUGGAUAAUGGAUAGCUUAUAUGUUCGUAAAAUUUCAAGCUGAAUUUAACACUAUAAUGAGAAUGGCUAGUAUCGUCCUUUUAUUUAUUUUCCCUGCAAUUUUGAGGACACAAGUUGAUCCCGCUCUUAGCUAAACAAAAUUGGCCAAAAGAUAAUAUUAUUUAAUAUUUAUAUAUGUAUACGUUUAAGUUAUCCUUGCCGUCUUCGCCCUCCACUCAGUGUAUAUGUAUAACCAUGUAAAGCUAAACCGUUCCAAGUGCAAUUUGUAAUCCAAAAAGGCAGCAGAGAUCCAUAUCGAACGCAUAAUUCGUGGGGCAAUAGAGAACUUAAGGAAAUCUGAUAUUAUGGGACUCGAGGCGAGAGUCCCCCUCAUUGUCCAGGGACCGCUGCGUCCGAUUAUAUUUACCUAAUCCAAAUGUAAUCCAAAAUAAACACAUUUCAUAAAACAUU